AUGUCUACUGCGGAUUUCGCCCAAGAUGGCGCACCCCGCGGUCCUACUACCGAUUCCACUACCCCUCCGAACCAAACCCUGACCGGAAAGCAGGAGCACUACCUCAAACGAGAACUCAUAUCUGAGCAAGUUAACUGGGAAAUAUCCGAAUUAAACUCGCCGACGGCCCUACGCAGAUUUGGCGCCCCCUUUAAGUCGGAAUUUGGAGAAGUCUCACCCUACGAUUCUGAGCUUCCCAUUUUACGUUACAUAUUCGUCCACCAUGUGCGAGAGUUUCCGUUCCUCGACAGGGCGAAGGAGAAGGAAUUCUGGCAAGACAAGCUGCAGGUCUUCCUCGAAUCUUUCGCUAGCAAGAACAUCUCAUCCUCCGAAGACCGAUUAGAAGAAACUAAACGUCGUAAGCUAGCCUUAAAAUGUCGGAAGUUGGUCGAGUUGAUGAUGGUCUCCGGGGUCCCCACGGCCUCGGGGUUCGAGGAGCGCAUAAGGUUUGCGGAGAUGGAGAUCGUAGACCGAGACGCAAUCGACACUGGCGUGUUAAACACUAUGCCGGAAGGACAUUACGUUAACGGAUGGGACGUCAAUGUUGCCGGCGAAUUCCUACUACGCGUCAAGCGGAAGGGCGAACUCGAAUUUUACGUAGGCAGACGAUACGGCGACUUUGCCCGAUUACAAAAACAACUGAGGACAGAACUACCAGGAAAGGUUCUUCCUCCGUUGCCGAAGAAGAACAAGUCAGAUACGUCUGCAGCGAGCUUAAUGUCGCGUAUCACGGAUGGUGCUAACGACUCCGACAACUCGUCCGUAUCAUCUGUUUCUACUGCCACGCCUGGGACCCAAAGUGGCGGAUUUACAGAGUCGAUGAAGACCUUGACGGUUCGAGAUCACCGCCGAAACAAAUCUGUAGCUUCUAGUCGUGCGUCACCGCGCCCAUCCUUCGAAACAUCAGCCAGCAAGGCCCCAAGUCCUAAGCUCGAUAAUGCGAUCCUUUGGCGCGAGAACCAGCGUAUAUCAUUGCGAGCAUAUUUGCGGUAUCUACUACACAACUCCCAGAUUGCGCAGACCAAAGCCCUGCAGCAGUUCUUAACGCUGGAUCCAAUCACCCCAACGGAUGAAGAUGUCGAGGACAUCUUUCGUCGCAAAGCCGUUGAUGAGAAGCGUAUGGAGGAGCAGAAGCAAUUUUACGAAAUCGCAAGGAAAAGAGCCGCGGAGUUAGACGUGUAUAUGGAGCGAUUUCGUCAAGAUAUUGUCGAGCGUAAUGGGCUAACAAAGCUUCUCCAAGAGAUCAAGGAUAAAAACACCAUUCAAGAUCUAAGUCUACAAUAUCAGAAGUUCGCCGAAUGGCUCCGUAUCGAAGUGGCUGCAACAAUCUACCACCUUUUCCUCGCCGAGGACAAUUCGCCAGAAUUGUUUGCUCAACUCAAGAGGAUUCAUUCCCUGAUACCCUACACUCUCAUGAAAAACGUCAUUAGGCUCGCGAAUCCAGCCGCUGUUAUGUCAGGGGUGCUUGAUCUUUUCCUGGCGCAACCCUUUGGAGCUCGAUCUCUUAUGCAAAGAAUUUUUUCGCUAACCUUGAACGACGGAAUUAAGAGCUACCAGAAAUCCAUCGAUGCUUUAGCCGCCGCGAUAGGAGAUGACGUAUAUGUGAGCAAACUUAAACAAUUUACGGAUGCCGAGGAACAUAUAAAGGUUGCAAUUCGAGAAGAAGCUGAGUCUGAGGGUUUAGACCUCAUAGUUGCUAUUCUGCGCUCUGAACAUUUCACACCAGCUCUCACUGGCGAGCAAUUUGGAAGAUUGUUCAAUGCGUAUGUAGCCUUUAACAACGCAGUGGAAAAUGUCGACGAGGAGUUAAAACAGGGCGCGCAGCUUUUCUCACAUCUAAAGCAGCUUAUGAAACUACAAACUAGACAGCGGGAUAAGGCGAUGAUGCUCAGCCUAAUCGAAGAGCCUGUCACUUUGCAAUUAUUCCGGGACCUUUUCACCAUAUUUUAUGAACCUCUAGUGAGAGUUUAUAAGUCGGCGAAUGUGUACGACAGCAUUACCGAUUUCGCUCUUUUUAUUGGUGAUAUGAUCCAGGUUGUUGAAAAGUGCAGGGAGCAAGAUGCCUCGGCAGACCCGAACCAGACGGUGCAGGCCUUCAUUGACCUGUGUCAGCGCCAUGAGCACAACUUUUACAAAUUCAUACACGAGGUUCAUACACAUGACAACGGCCUCUUCACGCAGCUUAUGGGUUGGAUCGAAGACAUUUUAGAGUUCUUGCGAAAGGGGCCAGCUGGUGGAGCGCUGGAUAUCAACGCCCUUUUCGAAGGUGCCGUUGCUAGCGGAAACUUGGAUAAAGAGAAGGCGAUCGCGGAGAUUAAUCAGCUCAUCGCUUGGCAAGAGGCUCGUAAGAAGUGGCAUCAGGACAAAACCCGGCAAAAGAUGGCUGCAGAAGGUUCGGCUGGCAUGGACGGUUCCAUGCCGGGUAUCGGUAGCUUCAACGCUAGCGACUUUGGGCUCAAUGAGGCGGACCUCGAAGACAUGAGCUACGAUGAUGGUUCUGACGACGAAGCCGAAGCGGAAGAAGAGGACGAAUUAGACCCUAUAGAGGCGGAAAGACGAAGGCGGGCCAAAAGGCAGGAUCGGCUCAAGGCUCGUGCUGGAGAACCUCAGAAGCCGGAGGUCAGCGAGGUACACCGGUUGAGAGAUAACUUUAUCCAAAUGCUACGGCAGAUGAUAUUAUCGAGUUACUUGUUUCCGGCUUUUUUGCCUUGUAUUGAUCUAAGCUAUAACUCUAAGAACACCUACCUCACCUUUUUGAGGUUUAUACCAAAGUAUGAUGGAGAUGCGCAAACUGGAGAUGCUAACAUCCGCUCGCUUUUAUUAGUUCUCGAGGGCAGCCAAGUGCCAAGCCAGAACUUUCUCUUCCACACGGCCUCUCGGAUCAUCGCGAAUAACCCACUACGGGCCAAGGAAGCGCCGAUACAUGUUAGCAACAAAUACCCCGUUAUCGACCACGAAUACGAUGCCAUCGUUGUUGGUGCUGGUGGUUCCGGUUUACGAGCGGCCUUCGGCUUGGCGGAAGCCGGCUUCAACACGGCUUGCAUAUCAAAACUCUUCCCCACGCGAAGUCACACCGUCGCCGCCCAGGGCGGUAUCAACGCCGCCUUAGGAAACAUGCACGAGGAUGAUUGGAGAUGGCACAUGUACGAUACCGUCAAGGGUUCCGACUGGCUUGGUGAUCAAGAUGCUAUUCACUACAUGACGAGAGAAGCGCCCGCCUCAAUUAUCGAGCUGGAGAACUACGGUUGCCCGUUCUCGAGAACGGAAGACGGAAAGAUCUACCAGCGUGCUUUCGGUGGUCAAUCGCAGAAGUACGGCAAGGGUGGCCAGGCUUACCGUUGCUGCGCUGCCGCCGACCGAACUGGACACGCUCUCCUACACACUCUAUAUGGUCAAUCUCUACGACACAGCACCAACUACUUCAUCGAGUUCUUUGCUCUUGAUCUGAUCAUGGAAGACGGAGAAUGCCGUGGUGUAUUGGCCUAUAACCAGGAGGAUGGUACCCUCCACAGGUUCCUUGCGCAGAACACCGUUUUAGCCACUGGUGGAUACGGCCGAGCUUACUUCAGCUGCACGUCGGCGCACACUUGUACCGGUGAUGGUAUGGCUAUGGUUGCCCGUGCCGGUCUCCCCAACCAGGAUCUCGAAUUCGUCCAGUUCCACCCUACCGGUAUCUACGGAGCUGGUUGCUUGAUCACGGAAGGUUCUCGAGGUGAGGGUGGUUACCUCCUUAACUCCGAAGGCGAGCGAUUCAUGGAACGAUACGCGCCUACUGCAAAGGAUCUGGCCAGUCGUGACGUCGUCUCCCGAUCUAUGACCUUGGAAAUCCGCGAGGGACGAGGUGUUGGUCCCGAGAAGGAUCACAUCUACCUUCAACUAAGCCACUUGCCUGCUGAAAUCCUUGCUGAGCGUCUACCCGGUAUCUCCGAGACUGCCGCCAUCUUCGCUGGUGUUGAUGUCCGCAAGCAGCCUAUCCCCGUCCUGCCGACUGUCCACUACAACAUGGGUGGUAUUCCGACAAGGUACACUGGUGAGGUUCUUACUGUCGACGAGAAGGGUGAAGACAAGGUUGUUCCUGGCUUGUUCGCUUGCGGUGAAGCCGCUUGUGUCUCCGUCCACGGUGCCAACCGACUUGGUGCCAACUCCCUGCUGGAUCUCGUAGUGUUUGGCCGAGCCGUUUCCCACACUAUCCGAGACAAAUUCACCCCGGGUACUAAGCCUAAGCCCAUCAGCGCUGACGCUGGUGCUGAAUCGAUUGAGGUCCUGGACCAGGUCCGUAACGCAGACGGCCCCAAGAGCACCGCUGAGAUCCGACUAGCAAUGCAGAAGGCCAUGCAGACGGAUGUGAGCGUCUUCCGUACACAAGAGAGCUUGGACGAGGGUGUGAAGAAAGUGACCGAGAUUGACGGUACCUUCUCUCAAGUCGGAAUCAAGGACCGCAGCAUGAUCUGGAACUCGGAUCUCGUUGAGACCCUCGAGUUAAGGAACCUGCUCACCUGCGCUACUCAGACGGCGGUAGCCGCUGCUAACCGAAAGGAGUCUCGUGGCGCUCACGCCCGAGAAGACUACCCCGAGCGAGACGACGACAACUGGAUGAAGCACACGCUCACCUUCCAAAAGAAGCCCCACGGUAAAGUCGAGCUCGGUUACCGACGAGUGAUCGGCACGACUCUGGACGAGAACGAGUGCAAGGCCGUCCCGCCGUUCAAGCGGACUUACUAG